GCGGAAGUGAAGCCAGCUGUGAGGGAAACAUGGCAGGUGUGGGGUUUCUGUGGCUGCUGCUCUGUGCUGCUCGGGCGGUGGAAGGAACCGGACAGCCGGACGGAGACUCCUUCCAGGAGGAAUUACUCCUCACCCCUCUGCGUUCCGGAGACAUCGCCGCUACCUUCCAAUUCAGGACCCGCCUGGACGCGGAUCUGCGACGGGAGAAAGUAUCGCACUACAGGUUAUUUCCCAAGGUACUUGGGCAAGUGGUGUCUAAACAUUCGGUUCAGGAACUACACUUGUCUUUCACGCAAGGCUUCUGGCGCAGCAGGUCCUGGGGGCAACCUCUUCUGCAAGCCCCCACCGGGGCCGAACUCUGGGUCUGGUUUCAAGAUUCUGUUACUGACGUCAACAAAAGCUGGAAGGAGCUCAGUAACAUUCUCUCUGGAAUAUUCUGCGCAUCGCUGAACUUCAUUGAUUCAACCAACACGGUUACUCCCACUGCAUCUUUCAAGCCCCUGGGACUAGUGAAUGUUACAAACCAUCAUCCUCUAAGAUAUGCCACCCUACCAAGAGAGAUUGUGUGCACAGAGAAUCUCACCCCAUGGAAGAAGCUACUGCCCUGUGGAUCUAAGGCUGGCCUGGCUACACUGUUAAAGGCAGAACGUUUGUAUUACAGCAGUUACAACUCCCAGUCUGUGCACAUUCGGCCCAUUUGCAGGAAUGCAGAUUGUUCCAAAGUUUCCUGGGAGUUAAGACAGACUCUUACUGUAGUGUUUGAUAUGUACUCCAGCGGACUAGGGAAAAGAGAUUGGUCCCUUUUCAAGAUGUUCUCUCGUACAAUAACAGAAUCGUGUCCCCUUGCAUCACAGAGCAAAAUAUACGUGGAUGCCUCUGCAUAUGACAAGGAGAGCGAGCUAUUUGACGUGAGUCCCCUAACCCUUCUGGAGAGUCAGGCUGUUGUUCACGGUGACAGAAAAGUAUAUACGAUAUAUGAUCUUUUAGAACCAAGCGUAUUCAACACUUCUAGGAACCUAAACAUUGCGCUGAAGUGGAAAGGGGGACUUUCUGAGUCGGGCCCACCUCAACCUCCUGUCUUUCAUGCUGAGCGCUAUGUGAGUGGCUACGGACUGCAGACAGGGGUAAUUAAUACCAUGGUGUAUAACAACCACCCAUACAGAGCCUUCCCUGUUAUUCUGAUGGAGACUGUGCCCUGGUACCUCCGUCUGUACGUUCACACGCUGACCAUCACCACCAAGGGCAAGGAGAAUAAGCCAAGCUACAUUUAUUAUGAGCCGGCAAAGGACCGUCACCGUCCUCACCUCCUGGAGAUGCUCAUACAGCUGCCUCCCAACUCGGUCACUAAGAUAACCAUUGAGUUUGAAAGGGCGCUACUGAAAUGGACAGAAUACCCCCCUGACCCUAACCAUGGAUUCUACAUUAGCCCAUCAGUUUUGAGCGUUCUCAUCCCCGGUACAGCCAGCGUGAAGUCGGAUGAAUUGGAGGAGAGCCCGCUCUUCACAACUAUAUUCCCAUCCUCCGAUGGUUCCAGUUAUUUCAUGCGCCUUUAUACGGAGCCCCUGCUAGUGAAUUUACCCACCCCGGAUUUCAGCAUGCCAUACAAUGUAAUCUGCUUGACGUGCACUGUGGUGGCGGUGGGCUAUGGCUCCUUCUACAACCUGCUUACACGGACCUUUCAAGUUGAGGACGUCAAAGGAGGUGGUUUAGCCAAGAAGAUUGCUAAUUUUAUACGCCGGAUCCGUGGGGUUCCUCCUCUGUGACAUGCCAGGUAUCUGAGAUGGGAGAAGAUUGUAGAGCUGCAAGUCAGUCCUACCAGGGGAAGAAUCUAAUGGGUAGGUAAGACUGCUG